UAUGUAUCUCUGUAUGAUACGCUGCUCAGUUAUUAUUUCUCGGAUAGUUAAUAAUUCUGUAUAACGCUUCAAUUUUUAACUGUAUAAUAAAACUGUUCAAUAAAAAUUACUGCGUAGUUGAGAGGUUACUACUCUCAUCAGCUUAUACUAAUGCAACUACAGUGUGAACCAUGUGGGAAUUGUAUUUUUUUUUAUUAUUAUUAUUAUUUAAACUGUUGAACCUGCUAUUAAUCUAGGCACCCGUCACUUCUAGCAUAAUGCAAGAAUAUGUAAGUGCCUUUUACGUUAGAAAUGAACACACGUGCUUUUGAAAUCUACAAUAUCGGCCCUCACGUUUUAAAAACACAACUUGUGUGAAUUUUUAAACCACAGUGGCUAAAAUAAAACCGCUUUCCCCUCGUGCUCCGUUCGCCGCGAACAAACGCGAUGUGAUGAAUGUUUCCUGUUUAUAAGCUGACUGACAUGCCGUGACGUUGUCCAACAAUGUUUUGGUUCCUGGCGGUGACGUAACGCACAAAAACAUGGUUCCCUUGUUUUGAACCCGUAAAGCGUGCUAAGUGCUCCUUUAACUUCGCCACGCACGGAAGAUGCUUUCCCGAAGCUGAGCGACUGGAAAACGUUCACGGGAGACGAUGGCUGAGGCCGCGGAGACGUGUGCUGAGUCGGGACGCAGGCUGCGCUCCAUCUGCCGGAGGAUGUACGACGAAAACGAGGACUUGUCCGACGUGGAGGAAAUUGCAAACAUCAGAGGUUUCAGUGUGGAGGAGAAGCUCGCCAGUGACAACUACAGCGCAGACUUUGUCCACUUAAUGGAGGGCAAAGACUUCACUUAUGAAUAUGUGCAAAGGGAGGCUCUCAGGAUCCCACUCAUCUUUAAGGAGAAAGGUGAAUUAGGGAUCAGAAUGCCUGAUCCCGAGUUCACAGUCAGUGAAAUUAAAGGAUUAGUUGGCAGUCGGCGGUCUGUGGACGUCAUGGACGUGAGCACUCAGAAAGGCUCUGAAAUGAGCAUGGCACAGUUUGUCCGCUAUUAUGAGACGCCAGAAGAGGAGCGGGACAAACUCUUCAAUGUCAUCAGCUUGGAGUUCAGCCACACUAAGCUGGAGAACCUCAUCAAGCGGCCGACAGUGGUGGAUCAAGUCGACUGGGUGGACAACAUGUGGCCUCCCGAUCUGAAACAAAGUCAAACAGAAGCCACCAAUGUAAUAUCUGAGAUGAAGUACCCUAAAGUCCAAAGGUAUUGUUUGAUGAGUGUGAAGGGCUGCUACACAGACUUCCACAUCGAUUUUGGGGGGACUUCAGUUUGGUAUCAUGUAUUCAAGGGACAGAAAGUGUUCUGGCUUGUGCCUCCAACCCCACAUAAUCUUGCUCUGUAUGAGGACUGGGUCCUAUCAGGCAAGCAGAGCGAUGUCUUCCUGGGAGACCGAGCUGAUGGAUGCCAGAGAGUGGAGCUUAAGCAGGGCUACACCUUCUUCAUCCCAUCUGGCUGGAUUCAUGCUGUAUACACUCCUGUGGACACACUGGUGUUUGGAGGCAACGUUCUGCACAGCUUUAACAUUCCUAUGCAGCUCACCAUCCACGAGAUAGAGAACAGGACUAAGGUUCAUUCCAAAUUUCGCUUCCCUUUCUACAAUGAGAUGUGCUGGUAUGUCCUGGAGAGAUACCUGCACUGCCUGACCAAACGGUCCUACCUUACUCAGGAGAUCCACAAAGAGUCGAUGGACUAUGAGACAAAGGUAAAGACUGAGAGCCCCUCCUCUGACUCCAGGAGCCAGGACACGAACGAAGACUCGUGUGGAACUCACGUUAUAGACGACCAGGGUGAAAAACCAGAAAGGGUUGCCCAGGAUGACCCGUGCUCGCCCGACAAUGGGAAGGGCCAACACCUCAGAGCUGUUUUAUCUGUGGACUCUGAGGACAGCUGUAACCCCGGCUGCACCUCUUUAGAUUACCCCAAAACGCCCUCUGACUCUCCGGCCUCGGAGCCUCAGAGUAAAUGGACUCAUCUAACGGAGUUUGAGCUCUGUGGGCUCAGGAGGCUGGUUGAGAAGCUGGAGUCGCUUCCUGAAAAUAAAAAAUGUGUGCCGGUGGGGAUUGAGAACCCGCAAGCCCUGUUGGAGGACAUGAAGGUUGUCUUAAAAGAACAUGCUGAUGAUGACCCCAAAUUAGCAAUCACUGGAGUUCCUGUGGUGUGCUGGCCUAAGAAAACUACAAAGCCCCGGCCUCCCAACCGGCCGAAACCUAAGAUGGCAGCGUCUCCUGCAUCAGCAGUCAAGCUGUCAGCCAGCCGGGGAACAUCUGGUGCCAGGAGGAGAAGGACGCGCUGUCGAAAGUGCGAGGCAUGUCUGCGGACGGAGUGCGGAGAGUGUCACUUUUGUAAAGACAUGAAGAAGUUCGGCGGGCCGGGGCGAAUGAAACAGUCCUGCAUCAUGAGGCAAUGCAUUGCCCCUGUCCUGCCCCACACAGCCGUGUGUCUUGUCUGUGGAGAGGCUGGGAAGGAGGACACAGUGGAGGACGAGGAGGAGAAGUUUAACCUCAUGCUCAUGGAGUGCUCCAUCUGCAAUGAGAUUGUCCACCCGAACUGUCUGAAGGUUAAGGAUUCCAAUGGAGUUGUCAAUGAUGAGUUGCCAAAUUGCUGGGAGUGCCCAAAGUGUAACCAUGCAGGGAAAACGGGGAAAGCCUCAAAGCAAAAAAGGGGGCCAGGGUUUAAGUACGCGUCAAACCUUCCCGGCUCGCUGCUGAAAGAACCGCGGUUAAACCGAGAUCCGAAGGAGGAGCCGGACCCUCCCAUGGUGGCUGCUCCAGCCCUUCCUGUCCUGACUGCCGCUUCUGCCCUGAAGAGAAAGGCAGAGCGAGAAGUGAUCCCCAAGAGGGUUGAUGAGGAGCCUCUAAAGAAACGGCCCCCCCUGCUGUCUCUGGACGGCUUGCCACGACCGAGACUCGAGGACAAUCCGCUAAGGAAAAAGAGGAAACUUUUUGAAACCAAUGACGAACCUGUCAUUGUGAAAAAGAAGAAGCUUUCAAAACCAGACGAUCCAUUUACUUCUAAGCUGUUGCGGCAAAUCAAGACAGAGAACGAUCCCUGUGACGAAGACGAGGAACCGGAGGAUCAUGAAGAAGAUGGGUUGCCCUUGGAGAGGAUGCAUUUGAAAGAGAGGAGUGAGUAUGAUAACAAUGACCAAGAAGAAGAGGACGAGGAGGCAAAAGAGAGAGACGGCACUGUAGGGGACAAAUCAAAGAUCUUACUCUGUCCACUGCUGAGAGCAUCCACUCUCAGAGAAGGUGACCAGUCCAUCGCCAACUCUCCCAGGGCUGGACCGAGCAGUGAGCCGGGUGAAGCUCAGGAGAGGAGCUCCGCUCAGCUUAAAGCUCGGCAUCAGCGCAAACGUCUUCCCAACAAAGAGGUGAGCAAAGAGUCCAACCCCGAGAUUCCCAAGACAGAAGACUGUCUGAGUAACCAGAAACACUGUUCAGUGAAGACGGAAGACAGCUCAACCAAUCACAAUCGGCGACCGUUUAAAAGUGAAGACUGUGUGACCAAUCAGAACCGUAAACCACUAAAAUCAGAGGACUCGACCACUAAUCAGAGCCGCAGAGCCCUUAAAAUAGAGGAGGGUGUCGUCGGUCAAAACAGGCCGCCGCUGAAAACCGAGGACAGCUUGGCCAAUCACAAUCACAGGCCGAUAAAAACGGAGCCCGACAGCGACGCAGAAGACCAGAAGCCCCGUUGGCCUCUUAAUAACGGCAGCGGCGACCUGGGAGACUGGCUGAGGCAUCAGGGGCGGGAGGUGAACGGGACACCGCAGGGUUACUCGACCAUCGGCUGGACCAGAGCCGCGCCGAUCACGCCGAUGUGCCCCCGACCGCUGCCGUGCCGGUCGCCGCCAAAAUGCAUCCAAAUGGAGCGCCACGUGAUCCGGCCCCCUCCCAUCAGCCCCCCGCCCGACAGGCUGCCCCUGAGCGACGGCGAAGCGCACGUGAUGCGGCGCGAGACGUGGAUGACCGUGUUCGGUCACCUCACUCACAGAGAUCUCUGCGUCUGCAUGCGCGUCUGCAGGACCUGGAACAGAUGGUGCUGCGACAAGAGGCUUUGGAAGCACAUCAAUCUCAACCGUUGUAAGUCCAUCACACCCCUCAUGCUCAGCGGCAUCAUCCGGAGGCAGCCAGUAGCUCUGGACCUCAGCUGGACCAACAUUUCCAAGAAACAGCUCAGCUGGCUCAUCAACAGACUUCCAGGUCUGCGCGUGCUGCUUCUGUCGGGAUGCUCCUGGGUGGCCGUCUCCGCUCUGUGCACCUCCAGCUGUCCCCUGCUGCGCACUCUGGACGUUCAGUGGGUCGAGGGGCUGAAAGAUGCGCAGAUGAGGGACCUGUUGUCGCCUCCUACGGACAAUAGGCCAGGUCAGCUGGACAACAGGAGCAAGCUUCGUAACGUGGAGGACUUGCGUCUGGCGGGGCUGGACAUCACAGACACGUCCCUGCGCCUCAUCAUUCGCUACAUGCCGCUGUUAUCCAAGCUGGACCUCAGCUACUGCAACCAUGUCACCGACCAGUCCGUCAACAUCCUGACCGCGGCGGGGACGACCACCAGAGACUCGCUCACUGACAUCAACCUGUCAGUCUGUAACAGGGUCACAGACCAGUCGCUGACCUAUUUCAAGCGCUGUGGAAGCAUUUGUCAUAUCGACCUGCGAUACUGCAAACAGGUGACCAAGGAGGGCUGCGACCAGUUUGUCGCCGAAAUGUCCGUCAGCGUCCAGUUCGAACUCAUAGAGGAGAAACUGCUGCAAAAGAUCAGUUAGACGUGGGGGACGUCCGCGGGGUUUUAUAGACACUGUCCACACGGAGGCAGCAGACGACUGUGAGGAGAACGACGCUGCGUUGGCAUCUUUUGAGACGCUCAAGGACGGCGAAUAACCUUGUAAAACUAAUGUAAAGGGAGGCUGUGUUGAUGAACCAGAAUGUAAAAAUGGAUGUCUUGUCCAGUGAAGGCAAUAUUACAAAAAAAAAUGUUUUUUUGUCGUUGCACCUGUUUAUAAGUUAUUUAUUCUUUAUAUUGACUGUUUUAAGUAUUGUAUCACUCUUAUCUUUCAGUGUUUAUAGACUAUUUUUUUUUUCCGAUGCAAAGUUUGUUGCAUUAUAGAUGAAUAUUUUUGUACCAGAAAGUGUUUCAUAAAUUUAUGUGCAGCAUUAUUGCACCACUGUACAGUAUCAUGGCAUUGAAAUUGAUAAUCAGACAUUACUGUUAAGCUCUUUAUUGUCGAGAGGCAAAGGUCUUAUGAUUUGUUGCCAAACCGUAGGAGGGUGUAGCUUGUGAUUGUGCGAGUGUUUUUCUAUUUUAUUACAUGUGCCAGAGCUCUGUUUCCUAUUAGACAAAGGUACUGUAUAUUUUGUUUCCGACGUCCGUUUGGAUGAGCUAUCUAGUAGAGAAGUUUUAAAAAGUUAUUUGCACUGAUGAACGGUCGAUACGAAUACGUGAAUGUAUUCUCACAAACACUAUACAGUGUACAGUGUAUAAAGCAUAUUUUUUCAACUCUAAAAAAAAAUGUUCUGCUGAUUUUCCUGACAGCUUGUAGUUAACUGGGAUGCAUAAAGACGUACAUGCACACAGACUCUUCAGCGUUACUGGUGCUUUGUGGAGGGAAGCGUUUUUAGCUCGCAGAGAAGACACGUUCACACUACAGCGCGUAGAUUUAGCAACAAUGUAACCACCUGUUUACUCCCAUCGUUAGCUGAGCUCCUUAUGACAAAGGCCAAGGAAUAAGAUAUUGAUUUUGCACAAAUCUUUUCAGAAAUAUAGUUGUUUUGCAACAUGGACACGUGACUUGUUUUGCUUCUGUUUCGAACUACUCGUUUUUCUUUUCAUUUAUUAUCCUCUUUUACAGGUUCUAAUUUUGUACAUCAACUGGAAUAGGUUUAAAUGCUUUAAUAUUUUUUUCUUUUUUUGUUGCAUCUAUUUUCACCCUCCAUCAUCAACUCUACAUUUGAGCUCCUGUUUCUUUAAAGACCCCUGUCCACCCCUGCCCCUACAUGGUGUCACACUCAUUUUAGCCGAAUUUGAUCUCUAUGAGGCCGGAACAGUAACAUAACAGAAUAAAUAACCUGGAAGUAACGACAACUCCAGAUUUUUAAAUCCUUUAAAGAAAAUGAAAUUUCUUAAGAAAAAUAAGUGUGAUCGGGGCACAUUUCUUUCUGCUGUUUAGUCCUGGGUCUCAGUUUUUGUGUCCUGUCCACUGCUCUGACUUAAACAUUAGACAAAUUAGGGAUAGCAGUUAUUUUCACUGAAAAAUUGCAAUCUUGUACAUGAUUUUCCGCACUUUGCAAAUUCAUGCUGCAGGCCCGAUUAGACCCUCUGGGGGACCGCUUUUUCACACCUGUGACUUAGAAGGUGGUCAUUGACUUACAUGGUGAUAUAGGUAAGUAACAGUAAAACAAGAAGACUGGACUGGUAACCAUCAUUUUAGGCACAGAGAGGACUUUUAACCUGGAACUGAGAACUUUAUAAGACACGGGAUAAAAAUCUAGGCCCCAACAAUCCAAUAUAUUCUUUUAAAUCACCUCCGAGUCAACAUCAAUAUCAAUGACACCUGUUAAACUCAUUUUGUCGGCCAUGUUUCCUAAUAUUUACGGUCGUUCACAUGUGGUAGGUUUGGCCAUUGGACUAUUUUCUGACAGACUCUUCAUUUAUGUUGUUUGUAUAUAUUGUUUUCUGAAAUCUGUUGUGCAGUUUUUUUUUUCUUUUCUUUUUUAAUAGAGGUCCAUGUUUAUACGAUUCCGUGGAUGGGUUUACAUUCAAAUUUAAUGUUUUUUAUUAAAAGACUGUGUCUCCAUAAAACAUUUCAGUGCAUUACUUCAGAUCUAUCUACCUGUACAUGAUGUACCUGGAAAAGUUAAAUCAGCCUUUGAGAUAUUAAAUCCAGUUUAAACACA